AUGAUCGCCACUCUGGAGAUUCGUGGAAAGGCUGCUAGUGUUGGGGCUCCGGCUCCGGGGAAGAAGGUUGAGAUAGACGUUUUCUCGCUUCUGACCAUGGGUCGUCAGUAUGUUCGGUGUCAUCAAGGCGACAGUAUCUCGACAAAGGUUUGUCUCCUGCCAUAUUGCGGCACGACUAUUCCGUACCUGAUGGAACAACAUGCCCAAGGUAAUUUCCCGCUGGAAAAAUUGAUCAAGGUCUAUGAAUGA